AAUUCCCCACAGAUCAUCUUCUACGAGGACAGGAACUUCCAGGGUCGGCACUAUGAGUGCAGCACCGACUGUGCCGACCUGUCCCCUUACUUCAGCCGCUGUAACUCCAUCCGUGUGGAGAGUGACUGGUGGGUGGCGUACGAGAGACCCAACUACAUGGGGUACCAGUAUGUCCUGAACAGGGGGGAGUAUCCUGACUACCAGCGCUGGAUGGGAUUCAACGACUGUGUCAAGUCAUGCCGCAGUUACCCUCAGGUGCGUGGAAAACACAACCGAGGAGGCAACUACAGGAUGAAGAUUUACGAGAGGCCUGACUUUGGAGGACAGAUGAUGGAAUUCAUGGACGACUGUCCCUCCGUCUACGAUCGUUUCCGUAACCGUGACAUUCACUCCUGCCACGUGAUGGAUGGUCACUGGAUCUUCUAUGAACAAGCCAACUACAAAGGCCGACAGUACUUCAUGAGACCAGGGGAGUACAGGAAAUACAAUGACUGGGGCGGCUACAACUCCACCAUCGGGUCUUUCAGGCGCAUGAGGGACUUCUAG